AGGUGCUCAUGACCAGAACAUUGCUGAGGAUUCGAGUAAAUUAGCUGUAGACGGGCAUAACAUUCUAGGGGUCCGAGUCCAUUAACUGUAGACGGGCAGAACAUUGCUGCAAACUUGAAUAAGGAAACAUCAGAACAGAACAUUACUGGGGGCACUAGUCAAUUAGCUGUAGACAAUCAGAACACUACUGAAAACUCGAAUAAGGCAACAACAGAACAGACCUGUUCGCUGGAAGCAACCAAAUCAGGGUAGAUUCGAUUGGACAGAACGUUUAUGAAUCUGGCAAAGCAGACGCCAAUACAAAACCAGGUGCUCUAGUUGAUCAAAAUGAGGAUGAUACCCCUUUUCUUAAAGUGGGUAGGAAGAAUAAAUCGGUGAAUACAACCAAAGGUUCGAUCGUAAAUCUUGAAGUCCCAAAAAGGAAGACAGCAAGUAGUGAUAAGUUUAAAGGAAAUCUUGAUGGUCAACUCGCUAAACAACCGAAGAAGAAUAAAAAGAGGGGGAAUGCCUUCUUUAUAUCAUCAUGAAGAUUGCGUCGUGGAACAUUAGGGGCUUCAAUAUGCCCUUAAAAUAAAAUGGGGUUUAUCACCUCAUUAAGCAAGAAUGCAUUGAUGUUAUUGGUGUUCUAGAGACAAAAAUCAACCAGUAAAAGUUAGCUCAGAUCUUGAGGAAUAAAUUUUGUGGAUGGAGUCAUAUCGACAACUUUCCUUCACAUCCGGCAAGGAGAAUAUUGAUCCUAUGGGACCACACAAAAGUCAACCUGUGUGUUUUGGAAGCUGCCCCACAGGUUAUACAUUGCGAAGACACCUGCAAGUAUUGGGCGAAUUUAACAGUACUUCCACCCGAGGAAAAAUGUAAUGGAGCGGAAGUGACUCCAUACGAGACUAGGGAUUUUGCAGAUUGUUGUUUAACUGUAGGUCUUACAGACUUGUGAUCCAUUGGAUGCUAUUACACUUGGUCGAAAAACUCAAAAGGCAGUAUACCUUCAAUUUGGAGCAAGCUCGAUAGAGCUAUGGUUAAUGGACUCUGGCAACAGGCGGGGAUAUAUGCCUUAGCAAAUUACCAACCAGCAGGUUGCCUUUCCGAUCAUUUGCCACGCAUUGUAUCGCUUUUCCAACAAGGAGGAGGCAGAGGCAGAGGCAGAGGCAGAGGCAAACAUUUUAAAUUCUUCAAUAUGUUGACGGAUCACUCUGAUUUUCAAAAUGUAGUUUCUUCUAGUUGGAAUCAACCAAUCUACGGAACGAAACAAUUCAAUCAAUGCAAAAAGUUACAAAGGCUAAAGGAAAAUCUGAAGCAGCUCAAUACAAGCACUUUACUCACAUUUCUGCAAAGGCUGGGAAAGCUAGAAAUGAUCUAAAAGCAACACAAAUGGAGCUACAUGAUCUACCAAUGAACAUUGAGUUGCUAAGUAAGGUUGCACUCUUGUAAAAGCAAGCUGUGGGUCUGUGAUACAGAGAGAAGCUUUUACUAUCAACAUGCCAAAUGUGUUUAUUUGACCAAGAGUGAUAAAUGUACAAAAUUCUUCCACUUUUUUAUCAAAAGGAAUGCAAAGAGAAACUUUAUUGCUGUCAUAAUGAAAGGGGAUGGGACAUCUAUGAGCUCCUUAGUAGAGGUGGAGGAUGAAUUUCUAGGCUACUAUCAAAUCCUACUUGAGACAAAUCAUGCAUGUGAUCCCAUUGGUUGGAACAUUUUACGUGAAGGACCAUCACUUUUUUCGGAACAGGCAGAUUUCCUCGUUAGGGAUAUCUCUCCACAAGAGAUUAAAGAUGCUUUGUUUAACAUCGGAGAUGAGAAAUCCCCUGGGCCAUAUUUAUACAGUUCGUGCUUCUUUAAGAAAGCUAGGGAGACGAUUGAGGGAGAUUUUGUUGAUGCUAUCACUGAAUUCUUUGAUAUUGGUUCACUCCUCAAACAAAUUAAUCAUACCGUGAUAGCCUUGAUUCCGAAGAGAAGUCAUGCAUCCACAGUUGGGAUUUCAGACCUAUUUCGUGCUGCAAUGUGGUCUAAAAGACCAUUACCAAAAUCCUAUCCAAUAGAUUGGCACCUAUCCUUGGCUCCAUCAUUGACAAUGCGUAGGCGGCUUUUGUGAGGGGGGGGAGCUUGGUCAAGAAUGUCCAUCUUGUACAGGAACUAUUGAAGCAAUGCAAUUGGAACAGAGUAUCACCUAGAUGCCUACUCAAGAUUGAUUUCAGAAAGGCAUAUGACUCCAUCUAUUGGGAAUUUCUGAAAUCUGUUUUGGAGGGAUUCGAGUUUCCAAACAAAUUCAUACUAUGGGUGAUGGCAUGCAUAUCAACUCCCUCGUUCUUGAUUGCAAUUAAUGGCAGCAUGCAUGGAUUUUUCAAAGGUAAAAUGGGCUUACGACAAGGUGAUCCCUCAUCACCUUUCUUAUUUGUGAUCUAUCUUGAAUAUCUUUCAAGAGCUUUGAAAGCGGCUACCAACAACACCGACUUUGAUUAUCAUCCGAAGUGUGGGCCAUUGAAAAUCACACAUCUUGCAUUCGCAGAUGACCUGAUGUUGUUUGCUAGAGGCGACAUUAUAUCGGUGCGUAUACUGAUUAAGCCCUAGUUUGAACCCCAUUAUUUCUCAUUACAUUAAAUUAAAAUUUUCUCUCUUCUA